CGAAAAGAAAAAAUCGUAAAGCCGCCCCUCUCUCUUCCUCUCUUUCGUUCUCGUCGGCGGCGUCACCGCCAGUGAGCACCACCACCAACGGCGGCUGCGAAUAAAAUUCUUGGUUUAGAAGUUCUCGGAACAAUGAGUUCGGUCCCUGAGAAGCUAAGCUUGCCAUUGCUGCAAUCGAAGAUGAAGUGUGAUCCAGAGGGGUACGAGUCUGAGUUGGUUCUCCUCUACAGCCAAUUCAAAUCCUCUAUGGAGCUCUUCAAACAGCAAGCAUCUCUUCACUUCAGCUCCAUCGGUGGCAUUGGCAGCGACCCUUCAGUGGCUAAGGACCUUAGUGACAGGGCCAUGUUUUUGGCUCAUGUCACUCCGUUUUACCGUAAACAUCUUAUUGAAUUUCCCAAACAGCUUGCGGAUUUGCUUAAUUCAUCUGCAAGAUCGCUGCCGUCGGGUUUACGGUGCCACAUAGCGCAGGCACUUAUUCUUCUUAUUAAUCGAAAGAUGAUUGGUAUUGAGGACAAUCUCGCAUUAUUCAUGGAGUUACAGACCUUAGGUGAUCGGGUAUUAAGAAAAUUGGCAUUUUCUCAUGUAAUUCACAGCAUUAGAAGAAUGAAUCAAAAGCAUAAAAAUGAAUCAAAGAAUCGUGCACUCCAGAAAAUUUUGUUUGCAAUGCUGCAGCAAGAGGAUGAAGAAAAAGCCAAGAGAUCGCUUAUAACACUAUGUGAACUUCAUCGAAGAAAGGUGUGGUUUGAUGAUAGAACAGCAAAUGCUAUCUGUACUGCUUGCUUUCAUUCAUCGCCAAGGAUUAUGAUUGCUGCUCUAUCCUUUCUUCUUGACUAUGAGAAGAUUGAAGAUGGUGAGGAUGAUAGUGAUGAGGAAAGCAGUGAACAUGACAUGACUUCUCAAACUCAUCAAGUCGUUCUUAGUAAGGAAUUGAUUUAUAAGGCUCACAAUAAAGGUACAUCAACUAGCAAGAAGAAAAAAAAGGCAAAACUGCAGCGUGUCAUGCGUAGUAUGAAGAGGCAGCAACGCUUGUCAUCAGAGAAAAGCAAUUCAACUUAUUCUCCACUUAACCAUUUAAAAGAUGCGCAGGGGUUUGCAGAAAAGCUAUUCUCUCGUCUUCAAGCUUGCAACGAACGAUUUGAGGUUAAAAUGAUGUUGCUGAAAGUUAUAGCUAGAACAGUUGGGCUUCACCGCUUGAUUUUGUUGAACUUUUACCCUUUCCUUCAGAAGUAUGUUCAGCCCCAUCAGCGUGAUAUUACAAAUUUGCUUGCAGCAGCAGUCCAGGCUUGUCACGAUGUGGUUCCUCCUGAUGCAGUGGAACCUUUGUUCAAACAGAUUGUAAAUCAAUUUGUACAUGAUCGUUCACGAACAGAGGCUAUUGCAGUUGGACUCAAUGUAGUAAGGGAGAUAUGUUUACGAAUGCCUUUGUUAAUGACCGAGGAUUUGUUACAAGAUCUUGCGUUGUACAAGAAAUCCCAUGAGAAGGCAGUUUCAAUAGCUGCACGAUCACUUAUUGGAUUAUUUAGAGAGAUUUGUCCAUCCUUGCUAGUUAAGAAGGAUCGUGGGCGCCCUACUGAUCCAAAGGCAAGACCUAAAGCUUAUGGGAAAGUAUCUGUAGCAUGCGAUAUUCCUGGAGCUGAGUUAUUACAACAUGAUGAUGAUGGUGACAAUAGUGAUAACAGUGAGCCUAUUCCAAGUGGAUCUGAGGAUGACCUUGAACAAAUGGUUGAUUCUGGUGAUGGAGAGGAUCAGAUCUCUGAUGAUAGUGGGACUGCUGAUGAGGAUGAAUUAACGGAAGAUCUUGACUCAACUUCUGAAGUUGAUUCUGACAAUGGUACAGCUGAUGAUGAAAGUGCCAGUGAUUCUAGUGAGAUGGAAUUGGAGGUGGCUGAGGCGGAUGGGGAUAGUGAUGAAGAACAUGAUGAAGACAAUAUCUCAGAUAAGAUGGUUGAUACUGGUUCCAUGGAUGCUGGAACUAGUUCUAGAGAUUCUAUGCUGAACAAAAGGAAACGUUCUGAUUUUGACCAACAACUUGUUACGGCCGAUUCAAGCCUUCGAGCAUUGAAGAAAUUAGCAGGAAUAGUUGCUGAAAAGCCAUCAGAAUCUACUGAUGGCAUUCUUUCUAAUGAAGACUUCAAAAGAAUCAAGGAAUUGAAGGCAAAGAAAGAUGCAAAAAAUGCUUUGACUCAACAUGGGUUGUUGAGAAAUGGUUCAGAUGCAAAGUCAACCGCAUUUAAGAUUCCAAGUACUGAUGAGUUGAGAACGAAGCGAGUUGAUCCUUCCAAGCUCGAGGUUCAUAUCCGGAGAAGGCUAAGCAAGGAGGAAAAAUUAGCAUUAGUUAAGGCCGGGAGAGAGGAUAGAGGAAAGUACCAAGCACGUGCUGCUGUCAAACAAAAGAAGACGGGAGGCUUAAGCAAUCAGCAGAAAGAACACAAGAAGGCUAUGCCACUGGCUGCGAAGCGAGCUAAAAUCGCAAAAACUCGAGUUGACAAGAGGAAGAAGAGUCAACGUUCUGGCAAACAGUUCAGAGGGAAGAAAGCCUGGAAAUAACUGUGUGAAGACACAGCCAAUUUGUUUAAUUAUGUGCUAUUUUUUCUACUUUUUGGAAUGGAAUGGCAAAUUUUGUUCAAUUCUUGCUGUUUCUAUCACCCAUUCAUCUGCUGUGUACUACUCCAUCCUAGUAGUUUCUACGAAAAAGAGAAUUCUUAGAUUUCUUUCU